GGUAACAUCAACCAAGAGCUCGCUAGAGAUUCCAUCAAAGGGAUCUGUAUUACGAAUUUCUAUUAUAAAUAUAAAUUCAAAUAAAAACUCAAAAAAUAUUAAUAAAAAUGUCCCAAGCCCCAGCUCCAUCUGAAGUUCAACAAGAUGCACAAGCACCAGCUGCUCAAGCUCAGCCAGCGGCUGAUCAAUCAAACAACAACAAUGGCACUCCACAAUCUGCCAGCUUGUACGUAGGUGAAUUAGACCCUACCGUCACUGAAGCUAUGUUGUUCGAGAUCUUCAACAUGAUUGGUCCAGUCGCCAGUAUCCGUGUUUGCAGAGACGCUGUCACUAGACGUUCCUUAGGAUACGCCUACGUCAACUAUCUCAACCUCCAAGACGGUGAACGUGCGCUUGAACAGCUCAACUACUCCCUCAUAAAGAACAGAGCUUGUCGUAUCAUGUGGUCUCAACGUGACCCUGCGCUCCGUAAGACCGGCCAAGGCAACAUCUUUAUCAAGAACCUUGAUGAGGCUAUUGACAACAAGGCACUUCACGACACCUUUGCUGCCUUCGGUAACGUCCUCUCAUGUAAGGUCGCCACCGAUGAAAAUGGCAACUCCCGUGGUUACGGUUUCGUUCACUACGAGAACGGUGAAUCCGCCUCCGCUGCUAUUCAACACGUCAAUGGUAUGCUUCUUAACGAUAAGAAGGUCUACGUCGGUCACCACGUCUCAAAGAAGGAACGUCAAGCAAAGAUUGAUGAACAAAAGUCUCAAUUCACUAAUGUCUUCAUCAAGAACCUUGACGUCUCUGUUGAUGAUGAAAAGUUCAAGCAAAUUCUUGAACCAUACGGUGAAAUACUCUCAGCAGUCGUUCAAAAGGAUGAGCAAGGCAACUCACGUGGUUUCGGUUUCGUAAACUACAAGAACCACGAAGAGGCAGCUAAAGCAGUUGAAUCACUCAAUGAAGUUGAAGUUGACGGCAAGAAAAUCUUUGCUGCUCGUGCUCAAAAGAAGAAUGAGCGUGAAGAAGAACUUCGCAGAAACUACGAGCAAGCUAAAUUAGAAAAGUUGGCUAAAUAUGCAGGUGUUAACUUAUACGUUAAGAACUUGGAUGACGACUUUGAUGAUGAAAGAUUAGUCGGUGAAUUCGAACCAUUUGGUACCAUCACCUCUGCCAAGAUUAUGAGAGAUGAAAAGGGUACAUCAAAGGGCUUCGGUUUCGUUUGUUUCUCUUCACCAGAUGAAGCAACCAAAGCAGUUUCUGAACUCUCUGGUAAGAUGAUUGGAUCUAAGCCACUUUACGUUUCAUUAGCACAACGUAGAGAUGUUAGACGUCAACAAUUAGAGUCACAAAUCGCUCAACGUAACCAAUUGAGAUUACAACAUCAAGCUGCUGCAGGUGUACCAAUCUCAGGAUUUAUGCCAGGUGCACCAAUGUACUACCAACCACCACCAGGUGCUUACCCAGGUGGUAGAUCAAUGUACGGUCAACCAGGUUUCGCUCCACCAAGACCAAGAGGUUACCCAGCAGGUCAACAAGUUCCAGGUAUGCCAAUUCCAUCACCAUAUGGACCACCACCACAAGGAUACAUGCCAGCAAACUACAGACCAGCAAGACCAGCUCGUGCAAACGGUGCACAAGUUCAAGGUGGCUCACCAACUGCUAACAACGUUAGACCAGCUGUACCAGCAUCAGGUCCAAGACCUGCCGGUGUACCAGUUAGACCUGCCCAAGGUGCUGCUAAGCCAGCCAAGCAAGAAGCUGGUGGCCCAUUAAGCGCAUCAGUUUUAGCAAACGCACCACCAGCUGAACAAAAGCAAAUGCUCGGUGAAGCACUCUACCCUAAGAUCUUCAACAUCCAACCAGAAUUAGCCGGUAAGAUCACAGGUAUGUUGUUAGAAAUGGAGAACUCUGAACUUUUAUUCUUGCUCGAGAAUGAAGAGGCAUUGAAAUCAAAGGUUGACGAAGCCAUCGCCGUACUUAACGAGUACCAAGGUGAUGAAGAGGCUGCACCAGCUGCAGAGGCAACUGCUUAAGAUGUCAACGAUGUCAACUAGCUGUCUACUAGCUCGCUUGGGACAGAAAUUGUAUUUCAUUUUUACAUUUUCAUUUGAAUUUAUGUUACUUUUUCUGU